AAUCAUAUAUUUUUACCAUUGUUACAGAAUAGGAUCAUAUUACCAUGAAUUAUCAGAGCAUUGCAAAGUUGUUUAUAAACUCUCCCAAGAUUAAAUCAUUUGUACCUGUCCAAUUAUUUCAUCAAAGUUCAGUUGUUAAUAAAAAAAAAAAGUAUCACGAUGUAUAUACCACAAUCCACGUUCAUAAAGAAAAAAUGAAAGCCUUAGAAGCUAGAUAUGAGCGUUUAGAUGUUGAAGAUAGACCAACUGGAUGCUUGCUAUGUCCUCAUAGAAAUCCUGAAAUUGAGCUUGACUAUAAAAAUGUUCGACUUUUAUCUCAGUUUGUUUCUCCUCAUACUGGAAAAAUAUACGGUAGCCGGAUUACUGGUUUAUGUCCGAACAAACAAAGAGAACUUGCUCAAAAUAUUAGAAGAGCCAGAAAAGUUGGUCUUAUGCCUGUAACAAUGAAGUAUUUUGACUACCAUUCAGAUCCCAAACUGUUUUAAUAUUUUUUGUAACUUUGUUAAUAAAUAGAAACAAAAAACUUCUGUAA